AUGAGAUUCCUGAUGAUGACCUGGUUUCCAGAGGAGGUCCAAUCGUCCCAGGCAGAUGCGUCCGAUGAGAUGGUAGCCAACCUGCUGCGAUGGAUACAGGGAUUAUACCAACAAAGGAAUAGGAAAGCUCGCCAGUACUUUGGAGGUAAACCGGAAAAACCAAGACCGUUCGAGCCUGCUACAUAUUUGCCACCAACGGGAUAUCCUCCAGCUGGGACAAGACCUUCACCAUCGUACAGUGAUGGUCUCGGUCCCUCACCAACCAUCCCGUCCUAUCAACCAUCGUCUACUCCGAACCAGCCUUAUUUGCCAUCCAGUAUCCAACCUCAACAGCCAUCAUACCAACCAAGCCAGCCACCGUACUCGCCAAGCAAGCCUUCUUAUCAACCAAGUCAGCCUACGCAACCAACAUAUGUAUCGAGUCAACCAUCACAGCCAAGCCAACCAGAUUACCAACCCAGUCAACCAAGUCAACCAGCAUACCAACCGAGUCAACCAACACUACCACCCUAUAAGCCUAGUCAGCCAUCUCUGCCCUCUAUUACACCGUCUUACCAACCACAGCCCGAAGUAACUAAAGUACCCACUGCUCCUGCCAUUACUCCAUCAGUGCCAGAAGAUGAUGAUGAUCGACAUCCUCCUCAUAUACAUGCUAUAACCGUAGAUUGUGGCAAAGAAAUGAUGACAAUUAAUAUAGAAUUUAACAAACCUUACAACGGCCUCAUCUACUCUCAAGAUCACUUCAGUGAUUCUGAAUGUGUUUAUGUUCGUGAGAACUCCAACCAAAUCAAAUUCUCUUUCACUGUAAAUCUGAAUAAAUGUGGUACAAGGUUCUUCAGCGAUUUCGAAAACGAGGGACAAGCUUACUUAGAAAAUGUUCUUGUGUUGCAAAACGAACCUGGCAUUCAAGAAGUUUGGGACCAUAUUCGUAGAGUCAGAUGUUUGUGGGAAGGAAAUCUAACAAGGCAAUUGGUUUCAUCUCUCAGUGUCGGAAUGUUAAAUCAAAUCACUAGUAACUUCAGCGGAGACACCGCAAUGGCCCGAUUAGAUAUUCAAAUAGGACGUGGACCUUUCGCACAAGAAGCAAAUGGCUUAGUUAAGAUUGGAGAAACUAUGACUUUAGUUGUAUCUGUAACAGGCGAUGCUGGCUUCGACAUAUUCGUCAGAGAAUGCGUAGCUCGUGACUCUGAGAGCAAACACGUUGUUCCACUGACUGAUAAUAACGGUUGCGUAUUGAAGCCUAAACUAUUUGGAGCUUUCCAGAAAACGAGAGAGACAGGAAAUACUGGAGCUUCAAUCAUCGCUUAUGCGUACUUUAAUGCCUUCAAGUUCCCUGACGAAAUGGACUUGAUUAUACAAUGCGAUGUCGAGUUAUGUAAGACUGAUUGCGAUGCUUGCCCGAACCCUGGAAGUUUGGAGCCAAGAAGACGGAGACGAGACAUCAUCCACGUAGGAAACAGAACAAUCGAGCCUUCUACUACUAUCAGUAAGGGUCUGAGGGUUGUUUUUGCCGAAGAUCUGCCUCAGGUUCCUGGUUUCUGUAUGUCUCCCUCUGCAGCAAUGUGGGGUAGUAUUUUAGUAUUCCUUGGAUCUUUGAUGAGUAGCUUAAUGGUUACCUUCUGUUGGAUGAGGUCUAGGGGUUCUGUUAAAUUUACAUAA